AGAAGGAUUUUCUAGAAACACUGGAUUUGAUCACAGGGACUCUACAGUUCUGUUCAAAUGGCCCAUUCACAAUAAUAAAGUCUUCUAUCUUUUUCUGACACGUUGCUCAGAGACACGCACCUGAGAAACUCUCUGGCCUCAUGGCUGCCACUGAGGCUCCCGAUGCGUCUCCUUCUCCCACCAGUGAUGGCACUGCACAACCGACCACCCUCGCCACCACAGAUAUAGUGGUUCUUGUCAUCUACUUCCUCUUGAUACUGGCUGUGGGUUUGUGGUCCAUGUGGAAGACCAAGAGGAGCACAGUGGAUGGAUAUUUUCUUGCUGGCAAAAACAUGACUUGGUGGCCAGUGGGUGCAUCUCUGUUUGCCAGUAAUGUGGGCAGUGGUCACUUCAUCGGUCUUGCUGGCUCUGGGGCAGCAGCUGGUAUUGGUGCCGUCGCUUAUGAAUGGAAUGGCAUGCUGAUGGUGCUGGUCAUGGGCUGGCUGUUUUUACCCAUUUACAUUGCUUCAAGGGUCACAACAAUGCCUGAGUAUUUAAAGAAACGUUUUGGGGGCAAAAGGAUACAGUUAUUUCUUUGUGUUUUAUAUCUAUUUAUCUACAUCUUCACCAAAAUAUCAGUAGACAUGUACGCCGGAGCGGUGUUCAUCCAGCAGGCUCUGCAGUGGAAUAUUUACCUCGCUGUGGUUUUGCUUCUGGGCAUUACGGCUCUGUACACCAUCGCAGGUGGUCUGGCAGCCGUGAUCUACACUGAUGCGGUUCAGACUAUCAUCAUGGUGACCGGAGCCCUGAUCCUCAUGGGUUUCAGUUUUGCAGAGGUUGGGGGAUUUGAAGCUGUCCUGGACAAGUAUCCUCAAGCUAUUCCCUCCAUCCGAGUGCCCAACACCACCUGCGGAAUCCCUCGUGACGAUGCCUUUCAUAUUUUCCGUCACCCUGUGACCUCUGACCUGCCCUGGCCAGGAGUAAUCCUGGGCAUGUCCAUACCAUCCAUGUGGUACUGGUGUUCUGACCAGGUGAUAGUGCAGCGUUCACUAGCAGCUAAGAACAUACUGCAUGCUAAAGGAGGAUCUUUGUUGGCCGCUUACAUCAAAGUUCUGCCCUUCUUCAUGAUGGUGAUCCCAGGCAUGAUCAGCAGGAUACUUUACCCAGAUGAGGUGGGCUGUGGAGACCCGGAGGUGUGUAAAGAGGUUUGUGGGAAUCCGGUGGGCUGCUCGGACAUUGCUUAUGCCAAGCUGGUCAUGGAGCUCCUUCCUGCAGGUCUGAGGGGUUUAAUGAUGGCGGUGAUGUUGGCUGCACUCAUGUCCUCUUUGACCUCUAUAUUCAACAGCUCCAGCACCAUUUUCACCAUGGACCUGUGGAGGAACAUCCGUCACACUGCCUCUGAGUGGGAGCUCAUGAUUGUGGGAAGAGUGUUUGUACUGGUGUUAGUGGUGGUGUCGGUGCUGUGGAUUCCUCUGGUUCAGGCCAGUCAGGGCGGGCAGCUCUUCAUCUACAUCCAGUCCAUCAGUAUGUACCUGCAGCCCCCCAUAACUGUCAUCUUCGUCGCUGGAUGCUUCUGGAAACGGACCAAUGAGAAGGGGGCAUUCUGGGGCCUAAUGGUGGGAAUGGCAGUCGGAUGUACGCGGAUGAUACUAGAUUUCGUCUAUCCCACACCGCAGUGUUACGAGAGCGACACCAGGCCUGACAUCAUCAAAUACGUUCACUUCCUAUACUUCUCUGUCAUUCUUACCAUCCUCACACUUAUCGUGGUGGUGUGUGUCAGUCUGGCCACUGAGAAACCCAAACCAGAACAGAUCAGUCGUUUGACGUGGUACACGCGCUUUGAUGCGGUGAUAGAAAGUGAAGAGGUUGUGUCUUCAGAGCUCUACACCAUCGACAACGACAUAAAAGACAAAGAAAAUGAAGCACUUCCUGCCAAAGAAGACUCCAGUGGUUCGGUGUCCAGCGGUGCGGGCUCGUCUAAACUGAAGUCUGCUCUGUUCUGGCUGUGUGGAAUGGAGAAGCAGACAGAAAAGUCCUCAUCUCCUGCUCCUCCAGACGCUGCCAUGUGUUCCCUGGAGGAAGAGCCCUGUAUGAAACACAUGGUCAAUGCAAACCUCAUCGUCUGUGUGUCAGUGGCCGUCUUUCUCAUCGCCUACUGGGCAUAGAGACACUAGUCCUUAAUUUAUUUGUAUUGCAAAUAACAGCCUUUAUGGAGUUUGAUGAUUAUUAAAGUCCGCGUGAACUGACGCUGCGACCGUUUUUUGUUUUCGUAUUGUGUGAGGCGUUCCUAUAGAAACGGAAUAUUAAAUGAGAAAACAGUGGGCGUGGCUUGUUUUCUUAACUGCGAGCUUAUUGGAUGUAGCAAAGUAGGCAUUUCAUUCGGAAAGAUUGGUGGAAAAGGGUUUCGGGAGAGUUAUUACAACCUAAGAGACACCUCUUCAUCGCCAUUUCUGUUUGUUGUCAAAACUGACAGUGGAGGGGCGUGGUUAAAUAUGUUAGCCACGCCCAAUACCUUAAAUCGAAGUAAUCUGAGAAUUUGCAAACAUUUUUUUUCUUAAUGACAUGAUACACAGAUGAAUUGUUGACCACAAAAGCUAGCAAUGUGAGCUAACAAAAUCAUAUGUUUUUUUUAAUAUCAUUUGUACUUUAGCAUUAACUGGAAGUUGCAGAGACUUUUAUUUCAAUAUGUUGAUGUACUUCCAACUGAAACGGACUACUGAGUAGGGGGCGGGGCUUUCUUUCUGCAUAUCAUUAACUCAACAGUAAGGGGGUGGGGUCAAGAAUAUUGUGUCAGAAGCCGUCAAAAUGACAUCAGAUUUUGAUUUAAGAUUACUAAAAGAAACAUUUAUAUUUACUGUAUUGACUUGUGUAGAUUAAUAGUUCACGUAAAGCAGGGGUGUCAAACUUAGUUCACUGAAGGGCCGCAACCCUGCACAGUUUGGUUUAAACCCUGCUCCAACACAUUUAAGCUAAGGUCACACUGCACGUUUCUCCCCAUUCAUACACGCGAUUGCGUAAUACCGGAAACACAAAGUCAUGCGGAAAGUUUCGCAGUUUGCCAAGUUAGAAAGUUCAAGCUUGGAGAACUCCAUGAAAUCGCAUCACAUGAUUGUCAAUCGAAUAUCAAAACAUGACCUCUCUGGACGGUAAUUUAAAACAUGGACCAAUCACUUGCUUUCUUAAAUGUAUAAUCCCACCCCUUUUCGCAGCGCCAUACGACAGAAUUUCGCAAGCUCAAACUCUAGUGUGACUGCAGCUUUACCUGUAGGUUUCAAACAAGCCUGGAGGACUUAAUUAGUUUAAUCAGGUGUGUUUAAUUAAGGUUGAAACUAAACUGUGCAGAGCUGUGGCCCUCCAGGAAAUAAGUUUGACCCCUGUGACUUAAGGAAUAACAAUGCGCGCUAGCAAAAUAAACAUUGUAAAGUUUGAAUUCACGUGGACUUUAAUAGUGGUCUAACAUGCAAAUCAGUAUUUUCUAUUUUCCCUUGACAUUUCUGUAAAUUAAACCAUUAAAAAACAA